ACCUUGCCUCAUUCCACGCCCCGCCCUCUCGCGCGCUUCUUCCUCCAAUUGGCUCGGCGCCCUGUCACUCACGCUCCAUUUUCCAGCUGUCGCAGCUCCAUGUUUGUGUGCGACUCACACUGGACUGGACGGUACGAUCAUCUGGAAAUUUUUUCACUCCGUCGAUUUUUUUUUAGGAGCCCACACCUGUGUCAUUUUUCUAUGCCGAUUUUUCGACUUUAAAUAUUCUUGAAGCCCAGUCGGAUGCAAAGAAAUGAGCGGUGAAAUCAGCGCGUGGAGUGUAAAUAAAGAUUCCGGCUAGCUAGCAGCUUAGCCCACCCAAUUAAGCUAGUUAGUGCGCUUAGCUAAUUAACUUUUCGGCUUUUGGAUGCUCAAAAUCAAAUGUUUGCACCGUAGUCAGCGUUAUAUGCACACGCAGCGUCUGGUUGUCUUCUGCCACCUGUCGCCGUGUGUUAGCUAGAGAUCCGGGCAGCUGAUGGACAGUGUUGCGGUGAGUCUGGGCACUGGGGCGGUUAGCUUAGCGAGACAGCAAAGGACAGCACGGAUGUCGUGGCAGGCUAGUGUGUCCCUCCGGGACUCUGGUUGGUAGUCAUUACAGAUACUAAAAACAGGGCUCGAGUGGGUCUGAGAGCAGGGGAGAUCUUUAGAUUCACAUCUGGCCUCCAAUCUCAUCCAGUCUUUGGCCUUGCUUGAUAAAUGCGUUUGUAUGAGCAGGCUGGGGUCUCUUUUGCUUCAUCGAUUUAACGUUACGUCUACCAUAAGUUAUCCUGCAUUUUUAAACAACAUUCCCCCAAAUCCAUCCUGUUCCUCUUUCGACGCGGUUGCAAAGGGAAGCGGGUCGUAGAAGUGUGUCAGAUCAGGGUUGGGAUCUCCAAACGCUGUGGUGAUGACUCUGGAGUCCAUGAUGGCCUGUUGCAUGAGUGAAGAGGCGAAGGAGUCCAAAAGAAUCAACGCCGAGAUCGACAAACAGCUCCGGAGAGACAAACGAGAUGCGAGACGAGAGCUCAAACUCCUCUUACUGGGCACGGGCGAGAGCGGCAAAAGUACGUUCAUCAAACAGAUGCGCAUCAUUCACGGGGCGGGCUACACCGACGAGGACAAGCGCGGCUUCACCAAACUCGUCUACCAGAACAUCUUCACCUCCAUGCAGUCCAUGAUCCGUGCCACCGAGCACCUCAAGAUCCCGUUCAAAUACGAAGAGAACAAGAACAAUGCUUUGCUGGUGCGAGAGGUCGACGUGGAGAAGAUUUGCUCCUUUGACCAGCCCUAUGUCAGUGCAAUAAAGAAGCUCUGGUCAGAUCCAGGCAUCCAGGAAGCCUACGACCGCAGGCGAGAGUACCAGCUCUCUGACUCCACUAAAUAUUACCUUAGCGAUUUAGAGCGUAUAUCGUCUCCGGGAUAUGUGCCCAGCCAGCAGGAUGUGCUGAGGGUCCGAGUGCCCACUACUGGCAUCAUAGAGUAUCCCUUUGACCUGGAAAAUAUAAUCUUCAGGAUGGUGGAUGUCGGAGGGCAAAGAUCAGAGCGCAGGAAGUGGAUCCACUGCUUUGAGAACGUCACAUCUAUCAUGUUCCUGGUUGCCUUGAGCGAAUACGACCAGGUCCUUGUGGAAUCUGACAAUGAGAAUCGCAUGGAGGAAAGCAAAGCGCUGUUUCGCACAAUCAUCACCUACCCCUGGUUCCAGAACUCUUCAGUCAUUCUGUUCCUGAACAAGAAGGACCUUCUGGAGGAAAAGAUCAUGUACUCUCACCUGGUGGACUACUUCCCUGAAUUUGACGGUCCGCAGAGGGACGCCCUGGCGGGCCGCGAGUUCAUCCUGAAGAUGUUCGUGGACCUGAACCCGGACAGCGACAAGAUCAUCUACUCGCACUUCACCUGUGCCACAGACACCGAAAACAUCCGCUUCGUCUUCGCGGCGGUCAAGGACACCAUCCUGCAGCACAACCUCAAAGAGUACAACCUAGUGUGAGAGAGAGAUGGAACGAGAGCGAGACACCUGCCGCCCACACACGGCCGAAAGCACUACACGCCUCACACGCAGAAACACACCUUCACCCCCUUUAGGCACUGGAUCUUCACAUAGUCCUUUUCUUUGCCUGUUUUCUCCUCUCUUCCUGAGUGUCGACCCCUCCAGCCGAUAGCUUUAUCAUCCAAUCUUUCUCAAACACGAAGGCUGGGCCGUUAAACCGGUGCCUAUUGACAAAGAGCAUUCGUUUGCUCUGUAGAUGGGCUGUAGGUGGGCUCUACCUGAAUGAAACUGAGGUACGAACUUAACGGAAAACCCUCGGUGGAUUGUCCGUCCGUAACGAAGAGUGGGCGACAUUCUUGAAGGACUUCACCUUGCAUCACUGAAGUUAACCAGGUGUUAGUUGUGCAAUCACAUGCUAUAACACUAGAGGUGGAGGUGAUUUGAUUUAAUACUAUUUUAGGAGUGAUGUAUAGAGAUUUUCCAUCACUACUGGAGAAGAGAUGGCACACCAUGUGACUUUUUCGUAAUAAUGAGUAAUGAAAGCCACCAGUUUUUUUCAAAAACGCUCAAAUUGCGUUCCCGAAAUUAUUUCGAAAAAAACCCCAGUUCGCUUGUGUAUCCACUAUAAAUUUAUCAUUCACGCAGCGAACUGUUUCCUCCAGUCUGAUGUUUGCCAGUAUUGGGUGUUUAAUCAGUAUAAUUAAAGGGAUCCAGCUAGUAUUCAAAGAUAUUUACCAAAAGAUUGUGAUUUGUUUACAUGCUUCGUCACAUCAGUUUUGAAUCUUUGACCGAAGGAAUCAAAUAAACGCCUUUCCUAGCCGAUUCAUUCAUGUUUUACUCAGUAUAACAUUCAAUAUCCAGUGAUUUAAAUGUUCGUAGACUCGACGCAAAAGUGCUAUAUAGGGUGAAAUCCAUUUAGUUUGUUUUAUUUAUGUAAUUUAUGGACCAGAUAUGUAAUUAGUCUGACUCAUUUUUCCAACUAAAUUUUUGAGUCUCUUCUGCUGUAAAAAAUCCAUUGGCAAGUGAUCUUUUCUUUUUGGUAUUUCUUAAAUCGAUUGUCGCCGUUCUGUUCUUUUUUUCUUUUCUUUUUUUUUCCCGAAUAUUUGAAAUGCUUGAAAAUGGAGAGUUGAAUUUCCAUUUUAUCAACAUCGCUUUAUGCAAAUAGGAAAUUGAGAAUUUUAUCAGUGGUUGAAUUCUUAACUGGUCUCUGCUUGCGUUGUUUUUUGAGAGUUCGCUCUUGGUUUCGUAGUACCAUAUCUUAGUUCUCGCUUAAUUUAGCUUUUUGGAUUCCGUAGCUAGCUGGCUUUUUUUGGGGAGGGGGGAUCUUUAUGAUGUAAUUCAGGUGAGUUUUCAUACUUUUCAUUACAAGGGCUAAUUGUGGGCGGAGAAUGAAAGGACUCUAUGAAGACGAUAGAGCAAUAGGUACGUAGAGGAAUCAGGGACAGCGCGGGUGAUGCUGUGGGAGUUGCCGUUUUCCGUAGGUUCAGCUUGCAGUGCAUCCAGGGAGCACCUUCAGAGAUCUUCGGAAAAUGUAUGCUAUUUCUUGCCGCAAAUCAAACGACUUCGAAUGGGCUGUUUUGAUUUUGUAAGUUUAGGAAUGAAGUAUUCGGUGGCGGUUAUGUCACAUGUUUCCCUUUGCCAUGUUUGGUUUCGGGGGCUGUGACGGUAUUGCGUUUGAGUCCUGUGUACUCAUUUAUCGUACACUUUUUUUUUUUUCCUCAGCCAACUGGCUAUGAAUUUAUCACACAUUAGCACUCGUACAGUCUUACUGGCUUCGUUCGUAUUAUUGAAACAACAUAGCUUGAGAGUAGCAGAAUUUGAAAAAAUCACGAGAUCUAACGUAAUGAUAUAGCAAAAUAUUUGAAUCACAAUGGUCACUUAUUGGCGCGAUUUAUUUUUAACUAGUAAUUGAAUGUAUUGUAGGAGGAUUCUUUUUUUUGUGAUUACUUUUGUGAAUUACUUUGGAAGUGUAGUUUUGAAGGUGUAUACGCAGUUUUCUCUGUAUAUUUGCAGUUUUGUUGCGUUUAAUUAAUCCUAUAAGCCUUCUUUACAUAUACAUUUGGACCUUUUAGUGCAUUUUAUGAAUUGUUUGCCAAAUUGCGAACUUUUUUUCUUUUCUUUGUUUAUCUAAUCAAUCCUCCCAUGCCGGCCAGUUAAGCUGCUUUUUUUUCUUUUUCCAAACAUCCAGAUUUGCAUACCGUCAUUCUUCUGACCGGGGCUUCACACUUCAUUCAUUUUAAGCUGUGUUUACUUGGGUGGGAUGGUACUAUCAGUCACCAUAUACCAAUUUCAAACUGUUUCGUUGUUGUACAAGUAGUGGACCUGCAAAUUUAUGACGGCAUUUUUGAACACGUGAACGUUUAAAGCUUUUGUACAUACGGCUUUCAUUUUGAAGGGCUAGUUCUAAUCUGAGAAACACCUUUCUUUAUCCAACAGAAACACUACAGCUAGUCAUUUCGUACCAAUUAAGUCCACAAAACAUCACAAUACGUUGUGCAGAUGGUAUAAGUAACUUUAAUAUCCUGUUCAGCUGGUGUUUAAGGUUUUCUUUGGUCGUUCUCAACAAUUUGUGAUGAAGUUUGGUAUGUUUUUCCUCCCUGGGUUAAUGCACUGAACCUACUCUGCAGUAAUGGAACGAACUCCACUCAUGUGACGUAUCUGUUCCUCCAAACUUGUUCCUGGUACUCUGAGAGAUGCAGACACUAAUGAAUAGAAAUGACGCUUUCGCUUGAGGUCCACACUGACGUGAUGGAUGCAUACAAUAUGAAGCUAUCUUUACUUUCUUUUUUUAUUUCUGACGUCGAUGCAUUACCUGAACACUUGUAUGUAGGACACUUUAAUAUAAUACAUUUGUUUUUGAUAAAACAGCUAAAAUAAACUUUUGUGUAGUGGUGUAUAAAAUCAAAGUAUUGUAUUACUUUGUAAUGUAUUUCUUGUUCGGUUGGUUGCUCUUUAUUUUUUAUUUUUUUUAAGCAUACCAAAUGUAAAUGAUGUACUAUAUUGAGUGUGCCAAUCCCUUUGAUUUGUAGAGCCAGACUCUUUACAAGUGCCAAUGUUGUGGAAAUCAUUUAAAAAGGACUUGUGUAUUUUAUGGUCCGGUUUUUAAAAACAAAUAAACAUUAAGUAUGUGAUUAUGGUAAAUGCGCAACAGGAAAAGGACAAUUUUAUUCUGUAUUUAAGAUUAAAGAUGACAAACUGCUGUUUUUAAAAGAAAUGACAUUUUAAUUGCAUGUGUUUGUUUUCGGCGGAGAGGGUCGGGUAAAGGAGAAACCGUAUUAACGCGAAACCCUGCUGACGAGGGGCUUAAUUAUUGCUCAUUUACAGUAUUUUAGACAUUUCUCUUUUUGUAUGUUUAAUUUCAACCACUUUUGCCUGAACCUCAUUCAUACAUGAAAAUGACUUUCAUAGCCUUCUCCUUUAAAGAAAAAAAUAUCCAUUUUAAAUUGGAAUAAAAUUUGUUCCUAUAUGUUU